UCCUCCUCUUGCUCCCCCUCUUCCUGCGAGGCUGCUGCUGCUGCUGCUGCUGCUGCUGCUGCUGCUGCUGCUCGGCUCCUCCUUCCGCGCGCCCCCCGCAGCCGAUCCGAGCGCGGGGCCCGUGGCCUCCGGAAUGCCAGCCUCCAGCGCCUCCCCCGCCUCCUCUUCCAGCGGGAAUGAGUCCAGCAGCGCCGGCGGGGGCUCGCUGCUCCACCCGGAGGGCGAGGCGGCGGCGCGGCUCGCGGGCGCCCGCCGCGGCGGCGGCUGGGGCUGGGACCCGUCCGUGCGGCCGGGGGCGCGGUGGGCCGCUGCGGCGGUUCUUCUCGCCGCCGCCGCCCUCGCGGCGGUUGGGGCGCGGCUCGCGCCGCAGUUCCUAUCUAGCACUGGAGUCGGGUGGGGGGCGCCCCCCGACAGCCCGUCGGCCCAGGCGGCCGCCCUCUUCGCGGAGCGCUUCCCGCGCCUGGCGGCGGGCCUGCCGCACCAGGUCCUGGUGGCGGUCGAGGCGGCGGGCCGCCCCAGCGUGCUCACGGAGGAGGUCGCCGCGUGGUCGGAGGAGAGCUGGUGCGCCGGGCCGAGCGCGACAGCCGCUCCGCGGGCUUCGCCCCGCUCGCGGCCGCUCUGUUCCUCUGGCUUCGUCGGCGUGCCGAAGCUGGGCAUCCCUCCGCGCGAUCCGAUGCUCAAGGAUCGAGCAGCUCGUCUCCGCGGACGGCAGGACGACGCUGCUGGCGUUCUUGGGCACGGCCAGCCCGGCGCCCCGGGAGGACUGCCAGACGUGGUGCUCCUGGCUGUACCAGAAGGAGCUCGUCGCGUUCAUGCGCGAGGCCUGCUCCUCGCCGCCGGAGGGGGCCCGGGUCACCCUCACGGGGAGCCUCGCGGUGGCGUUCGACGUCAUCUACGGCCACAACGAGACGGAUACGAAGGAGACUCUCCUGCUGGCGGAGCUCCGGGUCCUUCCGCUGGCCCUCCUCGUCUUCGCGCUGCUCGUGCGGGACUGCCGGCUGCUGGCCCUGCCGCCGGUGGUGCUGGCCGUCUCGCUGCUCGUCGCCGCCUCGGCGCUGCUCCCGAUGGCGUGGAGCUGUCCGCUGAGCACGGACCUGCCUCCCAGCAUGCUGUCGCUCGUCAUGGCGCUCAGCCUGGACUACAGCCUCUUCCUGAUAGGGCGCUUCAGCGAGAGCCGUGGCAGGUGCUUCUCGGUGCAGCAGAGCGUCGACGUGCUGAUGCAGCAGACGGUCAAGACGAUCGUCGUCAGCGGCUUGCUCAUCGCGAUCGCGUAUUUCGGGUCCGCCCUGGUGCCCGAGGACAACCUCCGCUUCGUUGGCAUCGCCCUCGGCCUGACCACCCUCAUAGUGGUGGUGGUGAGCAGCACGGUGAUGCGCCGCUGGGAAGCAUCCACGCGCCGGCGUCCCAAGUGAUGCCCGCGAUGCUCCUCCUGCUGGCGCCCCUGCUGACCGGCCCCUGGUGCCCAGGCUCCCUCGCGUCUGCCCGGGCCGCCUCCGCUCGGCGCAAAGAGCACGAGGCUGCCUGGCCGCAUCCGUACCGCGAGGGGUCCGAAGGCGACAGCGGCGAAGCGCUGCUCGCGGAGGAC